CUGAUCCUCAAAGUACAGCUUUCCUGUUCAGCCCUGCGCCGUGCAGUGAACGAAUGAUGUAACGAUCUGCGGUGUAUAUUUUUUGCACACAAACACGUUGUUUGUGAAAGGAAACAAUACAUCCACAUUUACGCUGCAAAAAAGAAAGAAAGAAAAAAAAAACCGGACUGAUUUUGAUGUUUCUUCCUUGUGGAUGUGGGGAAGCGAGCGCCUUUUUUAUUCGGGGGAUGCAAAUCGAGUUGUUUUGUCCUGCAACAGAGGAGAUGCUCCGCUCGACGGAACGUGUGGUGUGAAGAAGUUGUGCAGUUAAUGCUUAGCGCUUUAAAAAGACACCGAUAACCGGUGAGAGGCUCAACAGAAAGCGUAACGGGGUCUGGUUACAGUCGGAGGAUGGUGGCGAAGAUGGCGAGCUACGGUGCGGCUUGUCACCUCGAAGAUGGAGACGGCGAUAUCCUUGCACCUGAAAACAAAGAUGAUCUGAUAGAAAAUGACAACAGCAGUUCAGAAAACACAGGGACAUCUACAGAGGAGAGCUCAGAGGAGGAGGAUGAUGAGGAUUAUGCAGGGAGCCACGCUGAGACGGAUGGAAAAGAGGAAGACAAUGAAGAAGCCCAUGAAGAAGACUCUAGAAACAAUGCAGUAGCUGAGCCUGAAGCAGAGGUGUUAAAUGGGAAAGAUGAGAGGCGCUUCAAAUCAUGCUGUGAAAAAUGCAAAGCCGUCCAUCAGAGCCAUGGCAGUGAGCUUGUUACCCCGAGGAGGAUCUCCAAGGGACGUUUACAGGUGCAGCUAGAAGGAGAGGGCACAUAUGAGUGUUCGGUCAUGGGUCUGGUUUUUGAAGCAGCUGAGCGGGUUCUUGUGAGGUACUCGGUCUUGUCCUGGUCCAAGUUUGGUGCUUUUCUGCGUGACUCCUGGAAAUUUGCUGGACCCAUCUUCAACGUGGACACGGUCAAUAAGGAUGCGUCAGUCCUCAAGUCCAUCCAGUUCCCACACUCCAUCUGCCUUGCUCAUCCGGACAAUGAGAUGACAUUCAGUGUCCUGCACAUAAAGGACAACCGUCCAGUCAUUGAGCCCACAGUGGACCACUCAGGUAGCCAUGUUAAGUGGAAUGUGACGUCCUUAUCACCCGUUGGUCCCAUCAUUCAGACGAGCCAAGCUGUAGAGCACCAUGGGGUGGUUCUGGUCUACAAACAGCUCACCACGGACAUCAACAGUUACAGCUUCCACGUCUAUCUGGCCACAAAUAAUGCGUCUGACAUCAAGGACAUAAAAAAUCAGGUGCGGGGCUAUAAGACUCGUUACACCGAGAUAGUUAAGCCUCCCACGUGCAAGCUGGACGAGGGCACGUAUCGUCUCCUGAGCGAGCCAGAGGGAGAGAUCAAACCUCAGGAACUGAAAUUCACCCUUGCAGUGACUAAAAUGAAAGGCUACUUUGAAGCUUUCUUUGAGGAGCGCCCUCCUUUUAAAUUAUCUCUUGUAGAGACUAACACUGAGGAGACUGUAUGGUCUGCUACCAUCAGAGAAGGUGACUGUGUGGAUAACGUUGAGAAGAAGCCGAGGAAAAGGACACACAGCAGACGGAGGAGCAGCAGCCCCUCAGAAGAUGAAACAGCCCCUAAAAGACUUUGUUGGCGAGACGAGUCAGAUGGAGUGAAAACAGGGAUCACUCAGGGCCAGGACAUGUCAGACAAGCAGCUAUUGCAGGUAGCCAAGAGGCUCGGGAGGGAGUGGAAGGAGGUGGCUAUCUUUCUAGACCUUGCCGCCACGGAGCUGGAUGACAUCCAGGCAGCGGAGAAAGAAGUGAACAUGCAGAAGCUGAAGAUGCUGCUGAAGUGGAAGAGCAAACGGCAGCCUGGAGAAGCCACAGCUAAACACCUGUUGCAAAGUGUGGCAGAGCUGGAUAGCUUGCCAAAUGAGGUUUAUCAGACUUUGCAAGAUAUGAUUGGCAAUGAAGCAGUAAAGUGAAAGUGAAAAUGGAUUCAUUAGACUUCAGGAUAUUUGAUGCUCCAUCAACGGGAUGAAACGAUGAUCUCAGGAACACAGCGGAGCAGAGUUGACCUCUUCCUUCAGUUUGCAUUCCUCUCUUGAAUAUUUUCCAGACAUGAAACUGAUUAGUUUAUAGUUCUGCAUUUCAUGAAAAGGACGUAUUUCCCUUAUUUCGUUCAGUUGUGGUCCUCCGGUUCUGUGCUGAGUACAGAACAGGCGAGCUGUAUCAAAGGGUACAGAACUGGAUCUGCUUACCUUUUAUCAGGUUUAAAAAUGACCAGUGGAGGAGUUGUGGUCACUGAGAUGUUUAGUAGCUAAUUAUGUAGCCAGUAAUAGAUGGAAAAGUCGGUGCUGCAGUGUUGAAACUGCAAAAGAAUCUGAAAAAAAUCCAUCCUGUGUAUUCUUUCACUUUUGGAUGUUAUGUUUGUGGGAAUUUUUAUAAAACAAUUAGGCAUUACAUCACGUGGACGUGAAUUACAGACUGAACUAUGGAACUAUUGUGUUCCUUUAUACACUUGUCCACUGUGUCUUGUAAAUAGAUUGUAGCUUAUUUUUUUUAAGCCGGUUUUGUCUUUUUUUUUUUUUUAAAUCUACCUACCUUAUUUGAUGUAAUAACCAUGCCUCUAAGUCUAAACAUGUAUGUAUAAGAGGUCCAAAAUGAUGUUGAUGAUGACUUCCUGUCCUUCUGAGGCUGGAACGCACAUCUUGUCUCCUCUGUGGAUUUCAGAUGCGUAGACAAAAAUGCCAUGUUUGGAUUCAUGGAUGAAUGUAAGUUUUUUUUACCUGUGAGGGCAGCUAAAAACUAAGCAACAUGUACUUUUCAGUAAACUUUAGGAUUAUUUCACAGAAAUAGACCUUAGGAGAAGUCAGAUUUUUUAAAAAAGAACAGCAACAACAGCUGUGGGAAUCUUUCAGUCAGAUGUGUGAACGCUUUGAGCUGAGCUGCAGAAACAGCAUCUGGAAUAUUGAAUCUUUUAGGGUCUUUUGCGUUGAUGUGUUGUAACAUUUACAUUCGGAGAAAAGGGUUGCUUCCUUAAAAAAAAAAUUACCACCAACAGUCCAGUUCAUCUCUGUUCCAAAUAUGUUUCUUUUUAAAAUCAGGUCCGAAUUUCUGUAAAGACUUUUCGUACAAGAAGUGAACUCGCUGUUCAUUUCACCAUUUUAAAGAAAGUGAUCCAGAUUCACACCAAAAUAGAUCAGUUCCUGCUUUGUCAUGCUUCACACCUCCAUCGAGUUUCAGGAAAUUCAGCUACUUAGUUCUUAUGUGAUAUUACUAAAAGCUGAAUGACAAACACUGGAAACUGUGUGCAUGGCUCAUCAGUGAAUAAAUUAGGAAACAAUUGAGUCACAUAUCAGAUCUUGCUGAAAUUCUUUACUGUUGAAACCAAAAUCAUCAAUCGUUUGAUUCAAACUCACAACAAAAAUCAAAGUUAAGUGUUUCCUUCAUUUUCUUUUUGUACAUUUCCAAACUGGCUGGAGCCAUUAGCAGAGGAAAUAAAUAAGCACUACUGACUGAAAUAAAA